AAGGGAAAGUUCCUUCAGAAUGCCAUGAAGCUUGCAAACAGAGAACAGUUACUGGGAAACGAGGAGGAGAAAACUCAAGAGAAGGAAGCGACUUGCGUUUAAAAGAUUUUCUGCCUCCUUUUGCCAAGAUGCAUCCUCUCAUCUGUGCAAUCUUCGUGUCUCUGAUCAUGAAUGAGCUUAGUGGCAGUGGCAAUGGCCCUCUAAUGACAGCUGCUCAUUUCCAUGGAACUAAUGUGAAAUGGGUUGAGUUUGAAGGGUCUCUACCGAAUGGGGCAGUGUCAUUCUGGAAUACCUAUCACCACUCUGAACGAUGGGAAUAUCCUUGCAGGGUCAGUAACUGUGCAGCUGGUUACUACAGUCCAUCCCGUGGUCCUUACUGUUACUAUCCUUACGCUGAUCGAGAACAAGGUGUCUCUCCCUUCUGGGUGUUGGUGAACGAAUACGACUUUGAAUCUUUGAAAUGGGAAUGGGAUUCCUAUGGUGGUAUUCCACAAAAUUCAAUCAGUACCUGUCCAGGUGUAGAACUCUAUGUGGGGAAAAAUAAAUUUGGCUUAGGAAAAGUAGAUGUCAAAAACACUGCUUUCUUUCUUGGGUACGCUGGUAGAGAAUACUGGUAUAAGGAAUAUUAUGUCCUCACCAUUAAUAAAGAUUAUCUAUCUCAAGAGAUCACCAAUGUCAGGUACAUGAAAGAGCGGGGGAGAUACAGAAGCCAUCACCUAACCUUGCUUAGCACCAAACUCAACAAUCGUAACUGUUACUCGGUUAAGAAGACCACCACCUUAAAAAAAAGGGUAUCCUUUGAACAUCGCUGGGACGUUGGAAUUGCCCUUUCAGAGAGUGUGAGCGGUAGCAUAACAGUGGGGAUACCUCAAGUCAUUGGGACAUCAUGGGGUUUUUCAUCAGAGAAAACCUACAGCUGGAAUAAAGGUUUCACAAAGACUGAAUCGGAAGAAUAUUCUGAAGCUGUAGAGGUCAACAUCCCACCUAACCACAGUUGUGAAGUGACAAUGGAAGGCACAGCAAUGAAAGCAGAGAUACCCUUUACUGCCAGAGUGACUCGUUACUACCGUAAUGGAGAGAGACGAAGUGCCACCGUCCCUGGCGUCAACCACAAUGUCGUUGUGGCACAAGUGCACACAGAAAGUAAGCGGUGCCAACCCAUCCCAGAUGCAGAACCAUGCCUUUCAUAGGUCAGUGCCACAUAUUCAUAAGCAUCUAUGCUAUUUGCAAGCCAUUCUUUGUCCUGCAGCAGAAACCAAAAAAAAGAAAAAACAUUUUUUCUGAGUAACAUGAAAAACAGCAAUAGGAGUGAGGGCUAAGCUUUGUUAUAUGAGAACAUAAUUUAUCCAACAGAGCGAACUGGAAUUAUUCCUUUCUUCCAUCAUAUUAUAACAUAAACAUGCUUCCUGUUCCUGAAUAAAAUUACUUGGAAAUAAAUGUCAUUUAUAUCAAUGAGA